CAAUUCAAAGCGAGCGAGGGAAAACCGGCUGAAGUCCUCUGGUUAUCUGGACGCCAUGUCCGUGCACGUGCUGGUGGCCGGGGCGGGGCCAGAUUCCCAGCUACCAUCCCACUUGACCAGGAUUCCCAUCUCCAGCGUCAGCACCGGCACCGACUCCACCACCAGGACAGUGAAGGGAAAUGUGCUUCACAAAGGGCCGCUGGUGUCUUCAGAAGCUCACGGCUUCCUCCUCAAGGCCGUCAUUCAAGAUGAAGAUUCGUCCAUUAACGUCGUCCUGUUGGGAGCUCUGGCCAAAGCCUUCAGCGAGGCCGUCAGUCCCGGGGAUGUGGUGGCGGCCUCCGGCUUCUCUGUGGGUAAAUCUCCCACAGUUCAUAAGGACAAGCUGCAUGCCUGUAACCUGCUGCUGCAUGGAGGCCACGCCUGCGUUUAUCUCUUCCGUCCGCCGCCCCCUCCUGACCCCAGGUCCCCGGUGGCCAGCAAGCGGAGCUCCGCCCCCCCCUCAGAGGUUUCCAAGACCGCCAAGACUCCAAAGUACACGUACGUCCGCCUGGACGAGCUGAAGGCGGCGGCGGCGUCGGUCAACGUGUACGGCGUGGUGGUGUUCUUCAAGCAGCCGUUCCGGAGCCGCGGCACAGACUGGUGCUCCAGCCUGAAAAUCGUCGAUCAGUCCAACAAGAAAGUCGGCUGCACCCUGUUCUGCGAGAAGCUGGAGGAUCAUCCGCAGAUCUUUAAAAACGGAGACAUCAUCCGCAUGCACAGAGUCAAGACCCAGCUCUACAACGGCGCCGUCACGCUGGUCAACACCUUCGGCUUCUCGGCGGUGACGUUCGACGGGGCCCCGGGUUCGGCCGUGGAGCCGCGGACGUCCAGCCGCUCCUUCCACUUCGACCAGGAGGACCGGCGGAGGGUGGAGGAGCUGCGCUCCUGGGCCGGCGGCCAGGCGGCGCUGCCCCGGGACGCCGCCGCCGUGCCCCUGUCCUCCGUCCGGCCCAGAGCCUUCUUCGACCUGACCUGCCAGCUGCUGGCCAAGGCGCCCAUGGACACCACCUGCACCCUGCUGAGGGUGUGGGACGGGACCAGGUGUCCUCACCCUCAGGUCGAAGUGAUGGUGGAGCCGCACGCCGUGGAGGGACCGGCGUCCUUCUCCAAGGACAAAGAGAGCCUCGUCGCCAACGUCUUCGUCUACGACAACCACGUGGAGUCUGCCCAGGCGCUGAAGCCUGGGGACUUCCUGAGGAUCUACAACCUGCGAGCCCUCCAGGGGUCCAGUAAAGCUCCCGGCCUGGCGACCGAGCCGUCCGAGGCCGGGGGCCCGCUGAUCUUCCACCUGCACGGAGGGACGUCGUACGGCCGAGGGAUCCGGGUUCUGUCGGAGAACUGCCCCGACGUGCAGGAGCUGAAGAGAGUUCUGGAGACCUUCUCCAGGGACGAGGAGGACAGCCUGUUUGAGGACAGUGACUUGGACCUGCUGGACGUGUGGAGCACCCCCCCUGAGUUCCUGGAUGGAGACACUGAGGAAUGCUGCACAGAGAGGCGCUGUGGCCACGGCGUGCAGCCGGAGUCGCUGGCGGACCUGAAGAGAUCCGGUCCGGGCGGAGUCCACCACGUCCGGGCCCAGCUCAGGUCCUUCCAGCCCUGCAGGCUCCACCAGGCGCUCAAGCUCUACUGCAGCCGCUGCACCUCCAUGCAGGACGUCCCGGAUGAGGAGCAGCUGUCUGAGAUCUUCUCUGCAGCUUCCAGGGACUCUCCGCCCUGCAGUCCUCCCCCCUGGCUGCUGUCGGGAGACGUCCUCCUCCCCGGUGGAGGACGUCCAGCGCUCAGAGUCCACCUGUCUGCAGAGCUCCUGUCCGAGGGCAGAGCCAAGGAGCUGAUCUUCCUCCAGGGUUCUACCCUGGAGGAGGCGUGUCUCCUGGCGGACGGCUACCAGAACGUGGUCCCGGUCAGGUCUUCAGGAGGGGGUCUGGCUCUGCUGGACCUGACGGCGCCGUUCCUGUUCAGAGGCGGGAAGCGGUACUACGGGUGUGGACGGUGCUCCGAGGCCUCGGUGAGGGAGCUCAGUGCUGAGGGGGGGCAGCCGCUGGACGAGGACACUCUGGCAGGAGCCCUGGGCGUCCGCCUGCUGCAGUUGGUCCUGCUGUUCCAGCUGGAGCUGCAGGACGCCACCGACACGCUGGACGUCUUCCUGUGGACGCACGCUGAGUCCUUCUUCAGGGUGUCAGCGGAGAGCGUAGCGGUGGACCAGAAGUCUCAGGACCUCGUCUGUCAAACGCUGGAGGCUCUCUGUCCACCAGGGGGCGGUGCAGCUCAGCGUCCGUGGCUCGACCUAUGUGUGGCGGCGUACCGAGCGGAGGGCGACGGCGAGUCCAGCCAGCUGUGCUAUCAGAUCUGCCACACCAGCGUGAUCCAGCCCUGACCCGGUCUGACCCGGUCUGACCCGCCCUGACCCGGUCUGACCCGCCCUGACCCGGUCUGACCCGUCUGACCCGCCCUGACCCGUCUGACCCGUCUGACCCGUCUGACCCCUGGAACGGGGCACUGCUCCUGGCUGUGUUAAAUUAUUGUGUAGAAAAUGUUUGAAAUGUGUAUUUUUUAUGUCAG